CGGUCACGCCCGCGUGUCCCAAGGCCUGGGGCGCAGGGCACCUGUGCUGGGGCGACAGCGCUGCGCCCUCGGGGAGCUCGGACCUGGGCUGGUGGUGCUCUGGAGGCUCCGGGACGUGUCCUCAUGUCCCCUCAGCAGCAGUGUCAGGGUGGGAGGUGAUGCCGCGGGGCGGUGGGGAGUCUGUCAGCCCCUGCUCGGCUCCGCGGGCCCUGGGAGGACUCUGGGGGCCCAGCUCCGGGGAGCCGGGGCUGAGCCUGCACGGAGCAGCUCCCGGGGCACUAGAGGGCAGGGCUGGCCAGCGCUCAGAGCCCCGGCUUGGGGACAGCAGCAGGGCCCCGGCCUGGGGAAGGGACCAGGGGGCUGGCGGGAACAAGCUGAGUGGGGAGCUGGGGGCUUAGGCAGGAGAGCAGCGUACCCUUGUCUUAGAUGGAUCCCAGAACCAUCAUGGGUUCCAGGGGUGUCCACAGCUCCAGGCGUUCUCCAAACUCUUCAAGGAAAAUGAGCUCUGGUUUAUACUGGGUCCCCUUGGGAGCACUACCCUUUGCCCUUCUGGCAGGGAGCUUCUGCUGCAGCCAGAGUGGCACCAGGGCCCCAGAUGAGUGCUCUGCACCUUGCUGUAGGAGCAGGAUGCUGCUGUUGUCAUGGGAAUGGGAUGGUGGGGAGGGGCCAGGAGGAGGGAAUGGGUGUGGAUGCUUCAGUGGAAGGGAGUGGGAUGAGGGAGGAGAGAGUCUUGUGGGGACUGUGCACACCUGGCCCUCCCCUCUCAGCUCCUUUAACCAAGGCCCAUAUCCCUGUCCCUACACACUGUACAUACUCUUUCCUGCUCUACAUGCUGUACCCUAACCUGGCACACUGCAUGCUGCACAUCCAGCCCUCUGCACUCACAUUCAUGAACACAAUUACCCACACCUUGCACCAGCAAACCCCUCACCAUGGCUGCUCCUGGCCCCACGGCGUGCAUGGGACCAAUGGGGGCCCCCCACCCAGCACCCCUGUAUCACCAGCAUUGCCCACAGCCGAAGAAAUACGUCAGCUCCCAUGACAUCUGCUGGCCUUUAUGCAACUGUCACUGCAGGCUAUGGCAUGGCAGUCCUGCUGUCCUGCUGUCCACCUGGUGUUCAUCCCUCUGUGGUCCAUCAGCACUGGGAUGAUCUGCACGUAUCCCUGGCCCCAGGGAAGCAGAGCCCAGCCCAAAGCACGCAGCCACACGUGCUGCACUGCCCAGACACGUGCAGGAGCCUCUUCCCCUGCCUGGCAUGGCCCCAGGGCCAGCACCACCCAUGGGUGCCCGCUGCAGAGGGGCACGUGCUGGUCCCCUUGCCCACUACACCUGUGUCUGGCUGUCCCUGACUCACUGAUGUAACACCUUGAUGAUCCUUCUUGCCACUCAGGUAGUACCUGAGCCUGACUGAGCCCUGGUCCCCUGCAUUCCCGAAGCACAGCACACCCCAAGGUGCAAGGUACAGCUGUGGGGCAUGGAGCAACCUGCCAACCCAUGAGGGGGAUGCAGAACACAGCUGGGCCCCAAGCCCAGAGCAGAGGGCAGCCCCACACACUGAUGCUCUGCAUGAGUGAGCCCCAGCACACAUAUACAUGUGUGCAAGGAGCGCUCCCUUGCUGCACACACUCUUCUCUGCAUCCCUGGUGGAGCUGGAUGCACCAGUGACACCCACAGCCCUCACCCACCUGCACUGAGCCCCCAGCCCCUUCACCGUGCCCAAGACCACCCUGCAUGGGGCCAGGACACACCCACUCGCUGUCCUGCUGGGGACAGCUAUUGGGGGUCAGGGUGUCACCACCCCAGAACUGUCCCCUGGGGACACGGAGGGCUCUCGGCCCUGCAGCCCAAGGUGCUGAGCCCCCCCUGCACCAGCAGGACAGGAUGUGCCUGUUCCUUGCUUGCUUCAACCUGCCCAAGGAGCUGGCGGAAAUGGGUGUGGAGAGGGGGAAUGCAGUGGGAUGGGAUAGCCCAGAGUCCCUCCAAUUCCUCCCUUAUUCCAGCCCCUGUCUCUGCCUGGGAUGUAUGGUCCUGCUGCCACCAGGGCCCACGGCCACCCUUGUUCCCCAGCCGGGGUUCACCACACAGGCUGCCACCACGGCCAAAAGCAUCCCCUGGCAUGGGCAUGGGGGGCAACAGAUGGGUAAGGCUCCCACCAGUUCUACCUCAGCUCCAGACCUUCAGGAUGCUCCAGGGCAGAGCCACAGGGACUCCCUUUCCUGCCAAAACCCAUUUCAGCAGAGAAGGAAAAAAGAGCACAGAGACGGGAGCCAUAUACCCACCAACGCAGGGCAACGGGUGGUUUGUAGGUUUUUGUUCCACUCAGCAUCAGGGUGGCUGUUUAGCCCCAAGGAGCUGGCAGAGAAACCUGCAGCAGUGCUGGAAAUUCUCCCCAUUUGCUCAUUUAGGCUUUUUUUUCUUAUUUUAAACAAAACUCUUUUUUUUCUUAUUUUAAACAAAACUCUUUGACCAUGGAAAUCCUGCUUCUCCCCCCCCCCCAAAAAAAAAAAAGCCAAGCAGACCCCCUCAGUAUGCCAGCUCUCCCACACUGCUGCUGUGUCAGCAUUCCCCAAUACUUGGAAAAGCCCUUAAAAUGCAAAUAUUUGUAUGGGGUUUAGACAGUUUUCCACCCAUCUCUAAUUCCCUGUGGUUAUGGCCAGAGGAGCUGACCUUGGCAGGCACAGCAGGCUCCCAGCUGACCAUCACCACCACCCAUGGCCAGGACAUGGCAGAGAAGAAAACUCCUCAUUUAUAUCCUUGGUAGAAGCUGGUAGGAGACCAAAACACAUUCCUUCUCAUACUCUCCUCUCCCACCCAGAGCCUGAGGCCACAGUGCCUGAUUGGGAUGCUGGGGAGUGAGAAACCCAUGCCCAGCUCAGGCUGUGGUGCAGCCAGACAAGCGGACAAUAAAGAUCUGCACCCUGAGCUUCUGAUGAUCCAUGGUCACUGCUGGGACAGGACACAGAGGGACAGACCCUGCUCAGUGGCACAGAGCAGCCAGGAUGCUCCCUCUCCCGAGGGACCUCCCACGCUCUGCCCAGUCCCUGUGCCAGGCAGGACCAGCCCCCUGAGAGCACUGGCAUCCCAUAGCAUGGGGUGAUGCCUGGUACCUGCCUCUGGGGGAAACCACCCUCCACAGGCACGUCUUCAAAGGGAUGCCCACGCUUUGCAUGGCCACAGAUGACCCCUUUCCCCACACUCCUGGGGUUUAGGAGAGACUCAGCAUCCCCACCCUGCCAGUUUUCCAGCAGCAUUCUGCUGAGCCACUGGGAACAGGAGGGUGGGACAACUCGAGAAAUAAAUAAAAUACAAAGGUCUAUCAGACCUGUGAGAGGGCAGGAAAGCCUUUUCCAAGGUGCUGGCCCUUUGAGCCCAUCUCAGCCCUGCAAGCAUCUCCCUGGUGAGGAAAUUGCUGCUGAGAGUUUGGUGGAAGUGGAUGAGGGAUGUGGAUCCUGCUAGCAGUAGUAAGUCUGCUGCCACUAUCUGCCUUCAACAUUCCACACAAUCCACAACUGCCCAGCUCAUUGGCCUUGGCUGGACCCCUGCAAAUCUGUCAGUGUCACAGCAACACUGGCCACCAGGCUGGAGAGGGAUCCCAAAAUUUUAAGCAACACCCUGCAAUGGCCAGUGUGGGGGAGUGACAAUGCCCCCAGCCCUGGCCCCAGCACAGCAGGAAUGGGGCUGGCUCCCCUCUGCCCCAGGUCUGGAGCCACUCCCACCGAUAGGGAUGGCAGGGAGCCCUUCCCACAGCUGGCCCAUAGAUAAGGCCCAUGUUUUCCCCACUGAUUGCCCCAGGAGGCAACUGGAGGGACAGGAACCACAAUUCCUCGGAGAUAUGGCCAGGAGGGGCAGUGGGUGAUGAGGGCAGGGGGGCUGCUGCAGGGGGUUGAGACACUGGGCCCGCCCCUCUGGAUCCCUCCUCUGGGCAGGUGAAGGUGCCCAGGCUGCCCUGACAGCACAGCUGGGGUGGGAGUAAGUGUGGACCUCCUGGCAGGGCAACAGCCCUCCACAAAUCCCCCCCUUCUAGUGGAGACCAGCCCUCUGCCCCUGGAAAGCACUUCCCAGUGCCCUGCAAACCCACAGGGCUGCAUCACGAGCUUGCUGCAAGGCAGAGUAAGGGACCCCACUGCACCUCAGUUUCCCCAGCUGUAAAAUGAGGCAUGAGUCCUGCAGCAUGAGAGUAUAGAGGGCUCAGUCUCUCAUUGCUCUGGUGCCUGGGGAAAGAUCCAUGCCAGGUGUUAUUUAGAGACCAAGCAGGCAUUUUAGAAGAGCAGGAUACUGUCCUGGAAGCCAGCUGGCUGCCUCCAUCUCUGCCUCAAGGUCACCAGGAAAAAUGCUGGCCUUGGAGGAGUUUGGGGUAGGAGUUCUUCCGGCUGCAGCUUCCCCUUCUGGGCAGGGAAAAUCACCUUUUCCCAGCACAAGGCAACCAGAAUCAUUCCUGUUAGAGACCCCAGCCCCGACAUCUCCUGCCUGGCCAUGGGUGAUGGGACACUCCCAGGAGGUGGCCAUGGGGCAGCGAUGGUGGGGUGAGAGUGGCAGAGGGCAGCAGACAGGGGAGCACAGGGCAGAGCUGGGGACUUUUGCUAACCAGAACAGCUCACUGUUUCACCAAAAAGCCAGCCCCGGAUGUCAAACCUUCUUGGGAAGCAGAAGUGCUGCAGAGGGUAUGUGGGCAAAAUCUCCCCGUGCUCUAGCUCUCAGAAACACUGCUCUGCCACAGCUGGGGGACCAUCUCCUGUGCACAGCCCUGGUGACACACCCAGGGACCUUUCUGUCCCUUCCCAUACAGGUCUGGGAGCCACCACAGAUGCUGCCAGCCUGACUAGGCUCCCAUGCUGCCAGGCUGGGAAGAGAAGUCAGACAUUGGCACAACCAGAAUGUCACUGUGUCUGUCCCAGAGCACCCAAAGGGGUCACCCCACAGGGAACUGGCUUGUGAGCCCUCAGCAGCCCAGCUGCAGCUCAGGUCAGCAAGACACCGCUUCCCAAACUGCUGAGAUAAUUUGACCAUGUGCAUAUGUUCACAGAAAAGCCACACAUAAUGUAUACACAGACACCCACAAACGUGUAUGUGACUUUCUAUACUAUCUAGGAUCUUGUACAGUGCAUAUAAACUGCAAUCAGCUGGGAUGGGUGUGCCCCCAAGAGUGGAACUCUUCCCCACAGGCUGGCUUAUCGCCCAGGCCAUAGCCUCAAUCAUGCUUCCAAACCUUUCCUGGGGUACUGGCCCACCCAAGGGCCCUCUGGCCCCACAGAUGACCAAAGGGGCUCCCCAGGGCAGGGGCUGCCCUCUGCAAUGCCUAGCAUUCCACAGGUCAUCCCCCAGACAGAGAAGAGGAAGAGGAUGGUGGGGCCUGUCCCUGGUUUGGGAGGAAGUAGAGCCCACCAUGAGAAGAAAGAAGCCCAAGAGAAGCUGGCUGAAACCUUUCUAUAAUCUGGAUCGAGGCCAUCAGAGCAGCUUUGAUGGCCCCAGCCUUCUCCCCCUGUUCCAACAGAGCCUCACAGAUGGGGUACCUGAUAACACCCCUGUCUUCUGUCCAGCCCUUCUGGCCUCCUUUCUGUUUGCUUUUCCUCCCAGCAGUUCCAUGUCCGAUGGUGCUGCCCUGGGCCAGGAGGGAAGUGGCCAAGCUGUGGGGCUCAGCGUGAUGAGGGCUUUGUGUCCUUCAAAGGGGACGAACAAACGGCCAGCGGUCCCAGCCUGGCUGGGGGGAUUCUGCGGAAAUACCACGGUCAGCACUCUUGGGAGCUGCUUCCUGCCUGCUCCAAGGCUUUGGAUGCAAAGAAGUCUUUUCCUGCCGCAAGGUCAACAAGACAAAGCCAACUCUCAGUUUGCAAAAGGCUCUGGCACCUGCCUGGGAGCAUUUAAUUACCCUGACAAUGGCAUCAAGAGAAGAAGGGCCAUGAGACCCCUUCAAUCACAAAUCCACAGAGGAGGCUUUGCCUGCUGCUCCCACAUGCCUGGGGCCAGCACCUGCAGGCUUCAGCCUCUUCCCAAGAGCAGAGCCAUCAUCCAGCCCUCUUGGGGACACCUUUUCUCCCUCGGAGCCUGCAAUGCUGCACACAGUACUGGCUUUUUUAUGUCGUGCUUUUCCUUUGUCCUUUGGCAGGAUAGAGGCGGGGCCCUCCUGCCCGAGAGGGGCGUUCCGCGCUCUGGGCCGCGCCUGGGCCAAUCCCGGCACGUUAACACCACUACGGGCGCCGCAGAGGAGCCCGGCGCGGCGCUGGAGCUGCUGCGGGUGAGCCGGCGCGGGGCCGCGGCACGGCGGGAGCGGAAGGCCGGGGAGCGGGGCGGGAGGCGAGCACGGACGGACAGACGGAGGGAGGCGGCGCGGGAGCCGCGGCGGCGGCGCGGGGGCCCUGCUGGCGGCCGGGGCCGCGCCGCAUGCGGCAGUGCCCGCGACCUUGACGGGCCCCGCUCGGCAGGCACGGGGCAGACGUGCCCGCCGCCGGCCGCCUAUCGCCCGCCGCUUAUCGGGCAGCCCGCAGCUGGGCCCUGCUGGCGACACCGGAGCCGCCCAGCCCCGCGGGGUGGCUGCUCAAACGCGCUCGCUUUUCUCUCUUUUUCUUCUCUUUGCCGCUGA